GCAGCUAAUAGUUAUUUUUAAUCUCUCUCCAACUGCUACUCGUGUCUGUCUUCUCUCUCCGAUCCUGUAAUCCCUCUCACUCUCACUGCCUAUUUCUUCUUCUGUGCUACGGAUGCUCUUACGCAGCUAAUGGUUAUUUUUAAUCUCUCUUCAACUACUCCUCGUCUCUGUCUUCUCUCUCCGAUCCUCUAAUCCCUCUCACUCUCAUACCUAUCUCUUCUUCUGUCUUAUUCUCAUCCCUCUCUCGUCCCUCUCUUCUCUCUCACGUGGUCUUUGCGUCGACACUGUGGUAAGUGUUAGUUCGUGAGUUUUGGUGUGGAUCGGCGUUGGAGUCCUUAUUUUCUCUCUCUCGUGGUCUUGCGGCGGCGCCAUAGUGUGGGCUGGUGGUUGUUCGUGGUGUGGAUCGGCGUCGGAGGGUUUGGUUUUCUCUUUCGUGGUACUCGUGGCGGUGCCAUGGUGUGGGUUAGGGGUGGUUAGGUUUCGAUCGGCGGUGAUGGGUUUGCUGUGGGAGUGGUUGGUGGUGGAUGGUCCUAAAGCCACAUAGAUCGAAACACAUUUUUUUUUUCCAGGUCUGUGAAUUUGGAUGUUUUGAUUGAUUGGGGUGGUUGGUUAAGUGGAUGUUUUGAUUGAUUGGGUUUGGUUUUGGAUUAGAAUUUUAAGUUGAAAGGCUGAUUUUUUUUCAUAGUUAUUGAUUGCAUGUUCUGUGAUUUGGGUUUAAAUCUUCAAAUGAACUUUGAUUUAUUGUGUUUUCCUCAUCAUUGAGUUUUGCUGGUUGGUUCCAUUCAUUCAUUUUUUUCUUGUUUGUUUACUGAGAAAGUUCUUGGGUUUUGUUGCAAGAUUUUGGUUUUCUUGCUAUGGGUUUGACUAAGUUUUGUUAUGGGUUUUAGGUGGUGGUGGAUUUCCAGCGAGAUGGUUGUGGUUUCUGUUGUGGUUUUUUUUUUUUUUGGGGUUUUGUUGGAGUAUUUUGGUUUUAUUGCUAUGAGUUUGGUUGAGUUUUGGUAUGAGUUUCUUUUGGGUUUUUAGUUGGCUAUAGUGGUGGAUUUGAGGAGAGAGAGAGAAAGGAGGGAGUCUCGGAGAGGACCUUGUGAAGAGAGAAGUUUGAGAGAAGGAGAAAAAUUGUCUAAUGGAGUUAAAGGUGUGUAGGGACUUAGUUGAGUUUAGGGUCCAAUUUGAUCAAUUUUGAAUUAUCUUGGACUUGGUUGGUAUUAACUCAAGCCUUAGGAGUAGUGGGCAUGGGAGGUAUUGGCGAAACAACUUUGACCCAAAUUGCCUACAACCAUCCCAGUGAGCUGGAACAUUUUGGAAAAGUGAUUGGGUUUGUGUUUCUGAACCUUUUAAUUGGUGUAAGGUUGUCAUUGCAGUAAUUGAAGCUCUUGAUGAUUAUUGUCCUAAUGUAACUGAAUUUUCAAAUUUGAUGGCAAAGGUUUGCGAAUUGAUUUGGCAAAGUGGCAAGGUUUUUAUUGUCCUCGAUGAUGUCUAGACUGAGGACUUUAAUUUGUGCAAUUCAUUCAGAUUGCAUUCAAUAACUGUGUCCAGGGAGUAGAAUUCUUGUCACCACUUGGAAAGGUAGAGUAAAAAAAAGCAAUAUUACGAAAAAUUGACCAACAAUUUUCCUCAGACAACACCCCUAGAUUGAUCGUGGUCUCACUUUCCAUUAUUUCUGCAACUCUACUUUUGCAAGUGGUGGCUAGAAUUUUACUCCCUAGGGUACAAUUCUUGAAUGCAAUCCUGAAUGGAUCCCACAAAUUAAAGUCCUCAGUCCAGACAUCAUUGAGGACAAUAAAAACCUUGCCACUUUGCUGAAUCAAUUCAUAAACCUUUGCCAUCAAAUUUGAAAAUUCAGUAACAUUGGGACGAUAAUCAUCAAGAGCUUCAAUUAUUGCAAUGGCAACCUUAUACUGAUUAAAGGGUUUAGAAACACAAGCCCAAAUCACUUUUUCAAUAUGUUCCUGCACACUGGGAUGGUUGUCGGCAAUUUGGGCUGGAGUCGUUUUGCCAAUAUUUCCCAUGCCCACUAAGGAGAUGACAUGGAGGUUUCAUUCUAUGGCAUUUCAAGGAUGCCCAGAGUUAAAGUCGCUGCCGGACUUCUUUCCUACAAUUCCUUUGGAGAUCGGUGGCUCUGUGAACGUUGCCAAAGAGAGACUGGUGAGGACUGGUGCAAGAUUUCUCACUCCGCUUCUGCACAUUGAUAAGUGCUGUGAUACAGAGUGGCCAAUAUUCAGCCUUGCAGAAAUAUGUUCUAGUCUAGGAAAGCAAAGCGAAGACAUAUAUAUAAUCAGCUUUGGAUCAAUGAUGCGUGGCGAAUGUUGCUGCUCUCCUCUAAGAACUAUUCUCAUACAUCUCCUACAAUGUUGUACCUUUGCCAUGUUUUUCAUGGAUUAGUCUGUCUUCAUUUACAUUCCAGCUUCUCCUUUAAUUAUGUUAUAAUGUUAUUAAGACACUGCUCUCUUUCACGAUUGUGGUCAGCAUUUUGCCAUUUCUUUAUUUAUUUAUUUUUAGAUUUCAAAUAGAUGAAAUGAUGCAGAAUCAUACUUGGCAUUUCAUAGAAUACUUGGUAUUUUAUAGAAUUCUAGUGAAGCAGCUAGUGUAGAAUAUAAGGAAAUGUAUUCUUCUUUUUCA